CAAUACAACACGCGUUUCUUAUCGGCUAUGCUAAAACUUAACAGUUUGAAUCAAGCUAGUCGCAGCACCACUUAUUGGUCUAGUUUUAGUAUACACAGUAGAUUUUGAUUUUUUGCUGUUGUUGAACAUUAAACGUUUUAUAGCUUCAAACAACGCCAUCAAUAAACGUUUUAAAAUGCAAUCUAUAAAUUGUACAGCUGGUUGAAAACUCAAUUUCAAAUUUAUCGUAGGAAAAAAUCCCGCGUAGUUCUCCAAAGUCAACAUUUUGGAACACCUAGACCUAACGUCCAAAAAAAAACCAAUUUAUUAGCUUACAACUGCCUAGAACUGUGAUCUUUAAAAUAACUUCCAUUCUUAAUUCGAACUUAAAAUAGAAUAGAAACUUCUAACUUAUUCAGAAUGAGCGAUAACAGCAAUGCGCGCAACAUGGAACAUAGAAGGCAAAUCCAAUUUGCAAAGAAGCAAGCGAGAGAGAACAUGGUAGCGAAUGGACUUCUCUCAAUGGGCAGCUCAGAGACUAUACCAAACUCUAUCGGAGCACAGAAGAACCAUAGACGGGCCAUGAUGGACAGAGAACGGGCCAUGGAUCAGGCUUUGCACACGAACCGCAGUAAAUUCGGGCAGACGAUUCUCUACGGCAAUGAAACCGAAAAGAGGAAGUUGGAACAACGCCUGAUCAAGCUGGAGAGCGAAAGAAAAAUCUCCAAAUUUAGAAUAGAACACAGCAAGCGAAUGAUGACUGACGAACACUACCCUUCGUUGACAUCUACUUUGACCAAGGCUGAGUACGAGUUGAAGAGGUCAAAAAAGAUGUCACGUGCGUCAAAGGCAUUGCCACCAAAGGCCUUUGUUGUUGAACGCGCUACAACUAACACAAACUUAAAGGGACGGAUCGAAACACCUGACUACCUGCCCGAAGUUGACCUGUACACAGUACGAGAAGGAGAAAGCUCCCUGUUCCGUCUCCAUCCUACCAAACGAGUGUUGAAGAGGGCAGCCAGUGUAGAGAGUAUGGAAUUGAGGAAUCAGUUCAAAGAGCUCGAACAGGAGAUUCUAAUGAAAGCGACUCUCCGUCAGGAGAACAGAUACCAAGGCCUGGAGACCAUCUUGGGAAAGGAUCAAGAGAAAUUCCGACUUGAUAUGUUGAAAACGGGAACACCCAAAUUCAGAGUGAGAGAGAGCAGUAACACCCAGAAAUUGAACAAAAUGGAGAGCUUGCAAUUGUCCGAAGAUAAAAACAGGGCUAAAAAAGAAGAUCUGGACAAGAUACUCUCUCGGUACCCUUUUCGAAAAAGUUACCUCAGGAAGAAGCAACAACUUGAAGCAUUAUAACUACACUGUAGUUGCCAAUGAUCAGCCAAGGCAUUUUUUUCCCAUAUGAAUCCCCAAAACAAGGCGAUUCCGGAAAAAAAACUGGCCAAUUCACAAUUCAGAAAAAAUCAGACAUGGCCACCGAACACUUGAUUCCUACUAAUCAUUGUCAUCAACUGCAAAUUUUAUAAGCUUUGUUGAUUCAAAACAUUUAAUUAUAACCAGCGUGUAACUCACCUCCGGUGCUUCAAACAUAUUAGUGAAAAUGAAAGUUGCUUAUACCUGAAAUAUAUGGACAAAAACAGCGAAAUGAAUGCAACCUUAAAAAAAUAUGGAAUAUCCAACGAUUUAAACAUUUGAAAGAGAAAUAAUUUUGACUUGAAGGUUCUUUAAACUAAAAUGGUCAAAACUACAAAACUACUGGGUUUCAGAUCUUAGUAAAGGAAACCCUAAAAUGACUGACAGCAUACAACUGCACUUUCCAUAUUUUAAAAAAAUUGAAACAAUUUCAAAUGGUUUUCAUAAUCCAUUGUAAUUAAUUUUCGCAUAUCAGAUUCUUUUUUCUUAUCUAAUAGUAAUUUUCAAAAAAAAAUGAACGAUAAUAUUAGGAUAAGGGCCACAUAUGCAUCCGCUGUUAGUAACCUGACAUAACCUCACCAAAGGAUCGACAAUUUCAACUUUUGAAAAAUAUUAUUUGAAAACCAACGUAAGAUAUAACGUCAUAUAUAAGAAGGCAAAAAGUAUUGAGUAGUCAUAAUUGGAGUCAAGACAAAACUCCUGAGAGUACUUUGAGGGCACCCCGCUAUAGUUUUGAUUAUUUGAAACUCGAAAAAUUGUUAAGAUCAUAAAGUGAAAAAAGCAUAAGAAACGACAUAUAUCAGAAACUAAGACGAUCAAACUUGGCGUCAUACUUCGGAAAACAAAAGCGUUUGAGAAGUCACCUUUGGACACAAGAUUUGCAACCACCGAGACUACCUCAAUACUCCUGACUACAGAGUUGGCAUAUGAAAUUCCAAAAUUUGUUUUAAUCUAAAUUUUCUCUAUAUUGUUUUAAAAAAUCAUAAAAAGGUCAUAUCUGGGAACAUAAAAAGAUUUGAGCAAGUCAUAUUUUUAAAAAGAUUUGCAACGCCCUGAGAGUAACCUAACAGCACCUCACACAAUAGAAUUUAGAUUUUAACUUCAUUAAGUUUUUAUAUCUAAGUUUUUCGAAAAAUUUUGAAAUUAUCUUAGAAAACCUCAUAUCACGAAAACUAAAAAGAUUUGAGCAGUCAUAUUUUGAGGCAAGAUUUUGAACCCCUGAGAGUACCCUGGCAGCACCCAAUAACUGGGUUGAGAUUUACAAUUUUUGUGAAAAUUUCAUAUAAUUUUUUUGAAAUAUUUUUUUGAAACAAUCAUAAAAUUUUUUCUGGAAAAAAAAUCAUAAAAAAACGUCAAACCUCGGAAUUUUAAAGGAUAUGACCAGUGCUUUUUUGAGGAAAGAUUUAGAACACCUGAGAUAUCCCUGAGAGCACCCAAUUAAAGGGUUGAGAAAUUCAACUUCUGUCAAAUUUUUAAAAAAGUCACACCUCGGAACUUAAAAUGUUUUGAGCAACCAUAUUUGGAUGCACAAUCUGCAAUGCCUGAAAUUACUCUGAGAGCAAAUCACACCAUGGAGUUGAGAAUUUCAAUUUUGUCACGUUUUCAUAUAAAAGUUCUUUAAAAAUUUUUGAAAAAAAAAACAAAAAAAGUCAUAUCUCGCAAACUAAAAGAAAUUGAGGUCAGAUUUUGAGGCAAGAAUUGCACCCCCUGAGAGAACUACAGGCUUAAGAAUUUCAAUGUUUGUGGAAUUGUUAAAAUCUAAGUUUUGAAAAUGAUCGAAACAAUCACAAGAAUCUUUUUAUCUCGUUAACUAAAAAGGCUUGGGCAUUCAUAUUUGGAGGCCCAAUUUGCAACCCUGACAGCAUCCCACUUUUGGGUUUAUAGGUUCAAAUUUGACAAAAACAAAACACUGAAUUCACGCAAAAAUUCUUUCGUUAAACAUGCAAAGCAAUUAAGUUGAAAAAACUUAGGCAUGGCUAGAUGGUGAACCCUGCAUUUAAAUAUAUAAUAGACCGAUAAUAGAUUUUGAUAUAUUUUAAACACGAUUGAGGCAUUUUAUUUCAAAAUGAUUAGAAUAAAGCUGUGAAUUUGAAAAAAAAUGAUAAUAAA